GCUCUCCAAAGCGCAGCAUCUAUCCACAGUAGCUUCUUUUCCACGAGUGGGAGGGGGAUGAGGAAUGCCGGUGUGAGGUGUGAGCGCUAACCCGGGAGGAGAGCUUAAAGCUGGGGUACAAGGAGCAGGAUCACUGGCCCCAUGCCAUGGAGCUGCACUGCUGGGCACACACUUACACCGCUGGAGCUUUAUAGGCAGGAAAGAGUUGCAAGGGGCAGAGAGAGGAGUUUGACAGGCAGUGAAUGAAGAUCAGUGAGAGCUGCAGGCAUCGGUCCUGGCUUUUGGGAGGUGAAGGGGGCAUUGUUUGGAUGACUUGAAGCCGGGCAAGAGGCUCCUUCCCAGGGGGCUGCAGAUGCACAAACAAGCCCCCCCUCCCGUUUUUUCACAUUUUUUUCCUUAAAUUCAACACUGGCUCAUCUACUGAGGAGGGAAAUCUGAGCUUCUUAAAGAAGUAAAAGAAAUCUUGAAGAGUUGACUUAAUGAGUUUUUGCUCUGAACUUUUGACAGAAAAAUCUGCUAAACUUGCAUGUUGAACUGGAUGGCUUUAUCUUUGGCCAUGCAACUUUCUUCUCCUUUGGAUUCAGUUUUGUGUAUUCAGCAGAUUUUUUUUCUUCUUCGUUGAGGUUUAUCAGUGUCUCUGUUGCAGUCUCUUGACAGAGAGAGAGAGAGGGAGGGAGAAAGCGUGACACAUGAAUGGAUCUGUGUUGACUUAAAGUCUCUUUCUGUAGUGAUAUCUGACAGUCAUCCAGCGAGGCUUCCGUUUUUUUGUUGUUGUUUUUUUUACGGCCAAAUCAAGGAAGGGUUUUUUUUUUUUUUUUUAAAUAAACCUCCUUCUGGACAGUUCUCCCCUUGCAGCAAAGAGCGUGGCGUCAGCCUUUGCCCUUCUCUUUUACUUAUUCAUUUUUUUUCUUCAUCUCUUGGUGAACGAGGGGAAACUUCCCCUCGCUGGCACCCUCCCUCCUGUGGAAAUGGCUUUCCUGGUCCGUUGCUAUGCCAACUGCUUGCAGCCGUGGUCCUCCAAACUUCCUGCCGAUCUCAAUAAGAUGCACCUAACAGACCAUGCCCACCAGCAGGUGAUGCACAUGCCGCCCAGCCAGUCAGGAUGCAGCAUCGCCAGUGACUCGGGUAGCAGCAGCCUUUCAGAUAUUUACCAGGCCACAGAGAGUGAUUUGGGGGAUGUCGACCUAUCUGGACUUCCAGAGGCUGCAGUGGACAGUGAAGAGGAGGAGGAGGAAGAUGAGGACCUGGAGAGAGCUUCAGACACUCUCCUAGGCCGAGAUCUGGUCCGAGAGUGUCUAGAAAAAGAUCCUGUCGACCGCAAUGACGACGACAUCGAGCAACUGCUGGAGUUCAUGCACCAGCUGCCUGCCUUUGCCAACAUGACCAUGUCCGUGCGGAGGGACUUGUGUAGCGUCAUGAUGUUCGAAGUGGUGGAGCAGGCCGGUACAGUCAUACUGCACGACAAACAGGAGCUGGACCACUGGUAUGUCAUUCUGAACGGAGCAGUCGAAAUUAGCCAUCACGAUGGGAGAAUGGAGACUCUUUGUAUGGGCAACAGCUUCGGCAUCUCACCCACACUGGAUAAGCAGUACAUGAAUGGAGAGGUUCGCACCAAAGGGGAUGAUUGCCAGUUUGUCUGCAUCGCCCAGGAGGACUACUGGCGCAUCCUCAACCAUGUGGAGAGGAAUACGCACAAGGUGGAAGAAGAGGGGGAGAUUGUGAUGGUGAAGGAACACCGGGAGCUGGACCGCAGCGGGACCAGGAAAGGGCACAUUGUCAUCAAGGGAACACCCGAGCGUCUGAUCAUGCACCUGGUGGAGGAACCGUCAGUGGUCGACCCCACCUACAUCGAAGACUUCCUCCUGACCUACAGGACAUUCCUUUCAAGUCCCAUGGAGGUUGGCAAGAAGCUGCUGGAGUGGUUCCAGAUGGACAGCCUUCGUGACACGGUAACGAGAAUAGUGCUGCUGUGGGUCAACAACCACUUCAACGACUUCGAGGGCGACCCGGCUAUGACACGCUUCUUGGAGGACUUCGAGAAACAUCUAGAAGCCACAAAAAUGAAGGGCCAUUUGAGGCUGCUGAACAUAGCAUGUGCAGCCAAGGCUAAGUGGAGACAGAUCACUCUGCAGAAGGCAUCUAGGGAAUCACCGCUCCACUUCAGCGUGCAGGGCGGCAGUGAGAGAGGAUUUGGCAUCUUUGUCGAGUCGGUGGAAGAAGGAAGCAAAGCUGCAGAAGCAGGACUCAAAAGGGGGGAUCAGAUCAUGGAGAUCAAUGGUCAGAACUUUGAGAACAUCUCCCUCUCCAAAGCUGCAGACAUCCUUAGAAAUAACACGCACCUAUCCCUCACAGUUAAAACCAACAUCUUUGUCUUCAAAGAGCUCCUUAGCAGGAUCGCGCACGAGAAGAAGAAUGGCGGCCUUCACAUUCCCAAGAUCCAAGAGAAAAAAGGCAAUCGUUUCUCCAUCGCCGACCUUCCCGGAGACAUGGAGUUCCCCACUGACCACAAGGCCACCCGGAAAAUGAAAGCCAACACUGUGUCUGGAGGACGAAACAAGAUCAGGAAGAUGCUGGAGAAGACGCGAUUCAGUAUACUGCCACCUAAACCGUUCAGGGGCCUGUUUGGUGAUGGUGGCUUAGUUCAGUCUCAAGAUGACAGCAUUGUGGGUACAAAGCAGUGCCGUCACAGCGUGGCCAUCAUGCCCAUUCCUGGCAACCUAUCGUCAAGUAGCCCAGACCUGCUGCAGCCAGCAACCAGCGUCCUGGACUUCUCCAUCCCUGCAGCUUUGGGACUCUACUACAUCCCAGACCAGGUAAUUCGAGUGUUCAAGGCCGACCAGCAGAGCUGCUACAUAAUCAUCAGUAAGGACACUACUGCCAAGGAUGUCGUCGCGCACACUGUCAAUGAGUUUGGACUCGUCGCGGCACCCGAGACCUACUCCCUGUGCGAGGUAUCGAUUAGCCCAGAGGGAGUCAUAAAACAGCGCCGCCUGCCUGAUCAGCUCUCCAAACUGGCUGAUCGAAUUCAGCUUAACGGAAGGUAUUACCUGAAGAACAACAUGGAGACGGAGACGCUGUGUUCAGACGAGGACGCCCAGGAUCUCCUCAGAGAAAGUCAAAUCUCACUUCUGCAGCUGAGCACCAUGGAGGUUGCGGCCCAGCUCUCCAUGAGAGACUUUGAGCUCUUCAGGAACAUCGAGUCCACAGAGUACGUGGAUGACUUGUUUAAACUAGACUCCUCUGUGGGAAGUGGCAAUCUGAAACAGUUUGAGGAGGUGAUAAACCAGGAGACCUUCUGGGUGGCCACAGAGAUCUUGAAGGAGCCCAACACUCUGAAAAGGAUGAAAACCAUCAAACACUUCAUCAAGAUCGCCCUUCACUGCAGAGAGUGCAAGAACUUCAACUCCAUGUUCGCUAUUAUCAGCGGACUGAACCUGGCACCGGUGGCUCGACUGCGGAGUUCCUGGGAAAAAUUGCCCAGUAAGUACGAGAAGCUCUUUGGGGACCUGCAAGAUCUCUUCGACCCAUCCAGGAACAUGGCCAAGUACCGAAACGUGCUGAGCAGCCAGAGCAUGCAGCCGCCCAUCAUCCCGCUAUUCCCAGUGGUCAAGAAGGACCUCACCUUCUUACAUGAAGGCAAUGACUCAAGUGUUGAUGGCCUUGUGAACUUUGAGAAGCUGAGGAUGAUCGCGAAGGAGAUCAGACAUGUGGUGCGGAUGACCUCAGCCAACAUGGACCCUGCCCUCAUGUUUAGGCAAAGGAAGAAGAGGUGGAAGAGUUUAGGGUCUUUGAGUCAGGGCAGCACUAAUUCCAAUAUGCUGGACGUGCAAGGCGGAGCGCACAAGAAGAGAGUACGCCGAAGCUCGCUCCUCAAUGCUAAGAAGCUGUAUGAAGACGCUCAGAUGGCCAGAAAGGUGAAGCAGUACCUCUCCAACCUCACAGUGGAGACAGAUGAGGAGAAACACCAGAUCAUGUCCCUGCAGUGCGAGCCGUCUUACAACACUUUGUCUAAGAAUUUGAAUGAGAGGCGAUCCACUAAGUCGGAUAUGUCUCCAGUCUCGCUGCGGUCAACUCUGCCCUCCGGAAAAACACAAAACAGGGUGUCACAAGUCCUACAGGUCCAGGUCCCACUGAACCCUCUACGAAAGAAGAGCACUGCCAAGGACAUAGCCUCACUUAAUUCCAACUCACCUCAGGUGGUUAAGAAACCACCAGUGAACUCGUCAGAGGAGUGGAGCACAAAGAGAACAUGUGACGACACAGUUUCCACCAUCUCCUCUCUUCACUCGAGCCCCACGGUGUCGCCUCAGGGCUCCCCGCGCAAAGUGGGAGGUGUGGCAAAGUCCCAGAACUCCAGCCAGAUGAACUUGUCAGGAUCUUCAUCGUCGCUGACCAGCGAAGCUAGCUCAAAGGCCACCGUCAGUCUGCGCAGCUACGGCAUAGGUGGGACCCUCCUCCAAAAGAGGAUCCUAUUGAUGACCAGGCAGAGUAGCCAAGAGAGUUGGAGGGAGAGAGAAAAAGAGGAGAAGAUGCAGGAAGAGACAGAGGCAGUUCAGAGAGGCUUGUUCCCCUCAUCAGAGCAAAGGAAAGGGAGAUCCAGGCAGCAGAGCAGCCAGGGUGCACAGGCAGAUGCAGGGCAAACGUCACUGAGGGUAAGAGGAGGAAGUCCAGCCCCAAAAAGGAAAAGGAUUGAUGGAGAUCAUCCUGUGGUCCAAAGUGACUCUCCAUACAGUUUUCCAACUCCAUUUUCCCACUCUCCUUUAAUGAGACCCACACCCCCAGAGUCCCCCAUAAGGAGGAGGCUCAUGUCACCGUUCAGGAUACUGAGGAAAAGGAGUCAGUCCAGGGAGAGGCCAGCAGCAGUCAGCCUACACCUGAACAGUAGGGAGGAAACAGCAGAGCGUAUGUCCUCCUCACCUCAGGAUGAGACACGAAGGCAGACAGAGCAGAGAGCCAGGAGAUCAGUCAGCCCUAACCCCUUCCUCUGGCUGUGCAGGGACAGAGACUCCAGGAGAAAGACCCUCUAACAGACAUCACGUUGAGACAGUUAUAGCAAAAACAAUAAAGAGAAGGGACACAGUGGUAUUUGAGAGAGACUUUUUUGUUGUUGAUGAUUUGCAUUUAUUAAGAGUCCAUCACAUUAAAAAAAAAAUGCAUUUUCUGCUUGUUGCUUGAGAGCUUCAGAUCCACCGUGAGUCACAGAGAUGUGACGCCUGAGAGUUUUUCGCUGUGAAUACUUGAAGAAGAUGAUGCGACACAGAUAGGAGAAGAGUACAUCUGAGGCUGUAACAGCAGAUGGAAAAGCAUUUCAGUGUGUUCUCGCAGCUCUCUCGACAUUUUUUAUUCAUGGGUUAAAGCUAUGAAUUAUUGUGUUAAAGCUGUUUGGAUGUCACCGAGCAGCCGACAGUCACGUUUGUCGCUGUGAAACAUUCUUCGUUCCCGAAUUUGAAUUUUAAAAUGAUUAAAUUUAUUGUUCGUUUUUGGUUGUAGGCUCUGUUUUUGGUAUAUGGAUUUCUUCUGUGGCAUGCAGCAUUUUAAUUGUAAUGUUCAUUUAGUUUCCUGACAGUCAGUUUAUUUGUUUUUUUGUGAUAUAAAGUUUAAACUAUGAACCCACCCCCUCCCACAGGUGUGUGUUUCACAGUAAUUUCUACACAAUUCAUAGUCUCAGUCUACAAAUAACACAAACAACAGCCUCACGCUUUCUGAUAGUGUUUGUGAUUUCGGCGUCACCGAAAUUUUAAAGUCGUCUCUUCAUAGUUUAAUUUUACUUACUCUUUGUCUUCAUCAGGAUGCAGUCACUCACUAAAGAGAGUAUCAUUUGUGUACAGUGCACAUUAACACUGCCGUACUUUGGCUACAGUAAUCAUCAUUGCAACCCAGUAAAAUGAUCUGCAUUUGUACCACUGCACUCAGCUUUUGUUUAAAAGUCUCUGUUCAUUUUUAAUAAAAAUUUAGCUUAACCUCCAAAAUGUAAAUAUCUGAAA